AUGUACGCCGCUCAGAAUAUAACGCCAACAGUUUUGGAUGCCAUGAACGGAAAUGUUUCCGAAUGGUAUAACGAAUGCGACAAUGCCAUUAGAAGGUCAGAAAUAGUUCCUGGAACUUACGAAUAUACAACUGCUGUUUCUUAUGGAAACGUAGGUGAGUUUGGAGAAGGUUCUUCAACAACAGUAGAUAUUGCUUGCGACAGGUUUCAUAUUAUUUCUAUUGACAACUCAUUCUUAUAUGUGGAACAAGACAUUGAAAUAAAACCUUCUGCCAAGUUGUCUGACAAGAAAGGUUGCAAUGGAAUUUUCUAUGUCGGAUACCAAUAUGCUCCAGAAGUUUUCAUGGGAUAUAAGAUAUAUUCUAACUCUGACUUAGUUCAAACAGUAACAUGGGCAAACUAUGAAUGGUUCGCUUUGAGAAACUCAGUACAACCACAAGCUAGAGAACAAACAGACCAGUAUGCAACUAUUGAGAAAAUAAGAAGACUUGACCCUAACGUUCCAGGAGUUUAUGUUAACCUUUCUGGUUCAGAUGGAAAUGCUGUCACUAAAGUAAAACUGAAACUUAGAGUUCCUUUGUCAUC